CACUACCCCUCAUCGGGGGGAGACGUGAGAGGGUGCUCAAAGUGAAUACAAAUUGUCUGACACGAAACCUUUUACAAGACCAUCACUUUACAAACGCAUUUUACAGCGUAGACUAUAUAAAAGGAUCACACAAGAAGCUAUAUAGUUCUGUGUUUAAACGCAAGUUCAAGAUUCGGUCGGAUAAGACUUUCAAGCUGUUUUCCAUACCCAUUGAAAUAUUAUUGCUUCUGGAUGUUGAGGAGGCGACGAAGCUCUGGUCUUUGUUUUGCUGCUCCCUGGUGCAUGUGCACCCUGGCUGGGACGGCCCCUCGGCCCUGGACCCCAAGCACCAGCGGAGGCUGGGCGGGACAGGGCGCAAGCAGAGCGCCAUGGUAACGCACAGCAGGCUUGAUAGCGUCAUGAGCAGCAGCCCCUUUCAAAGCGGAGUGUGCCGGCCCCACCACCGCUUCAAAACGUUCAGCUCCAGGGCCCAGUAUCAGAUGGUGCUGGCGGCUGUGCGGAAACUGCAGGAAAGCGGUUUCUACUGGGGUGCCUUGAGCGGGAAGGAGGCCAGUUCCCUGCUGAAUGCAGAGCCUCCUGGCACCUUCCUGGUGCGUGACAGCUCGGAUCACCAACACUUCUUCACCCUCAGUGUGAAAACAGCCACGGGCACCAAGAAUCUGCGCAUCCAGUGUGACACCUGCUCCUUCUUCCUGCAGACGGACCCCCGGAGCUCACAAGCAGUGCCCGUACCACGCUUUGAUUGUGUCCUGAAACUCGUACACCAUUACAUGCCCUCUGCUGAAGGCGCAGGGGCUGCAUCUGUGGCACAAGCUGCAGUGGACAGUGUCAGGGGCAGCAGUGCAGUGGAUGGGAGUACAUACUUUAUCUACUCUGGAGGAGAGAAAAUCCCACUGGAGCUGCUACGGCCUCUGGCCUCCAGCAUGUCUACACUGCAGCACCUCUGCCGCAAGACUCUCAAUGGCCACAUAGACGUGUCCACUAAACGGGACCAGCUGCCUCAAACGCUCCAAGAGUUUCUACAUGAGUAUGAUGCGCCCAUCUAAUAAUCACCACAUAGUUCUGGAGCACAGAGGCAGAACCAGGUUUGUCUUCAGAUGUACUGAACUGCUUGAGCAGUCGUGGAAUUGACCAGCAAAACCCCAUAUGAAGCUGGAGUGCAGGGCAGUAUUGUGAACUCUGGAAUUUAUUAAGGGUCUGAGUGAACUGCUCUGAAACAUUUUCAGCAUCUAUCAGUAUUGCUGGCCAGCUGUGGCCUACUGUGCCUUUGACCGCUAUAGUGUGAACUUUGGCAGACGGCUGCUGUGUGAUGGACAGCACAAAGUAUGUACUCGCAUGCAACGGGACAAACUGUUGAACUGACAGCAGAGCAGCCAUGGACAGGAGUAAGCAGAGGUGACAGUUAUAUCUUUUUGCCUCCAACUUUUAGUUUCCAGGUUCAUUUGGAAAACAUGGACCUUGUUGAAGAUUAACACAAGUGAUAGAUAGUCAGUACAAGGGUUAAGCGUGCUGCUAUGGGAUUCUGCAGCAUUUUGCUAUAGGAAAAAAAGCUCAGUCACUCUGUUUCAUCCCCAGAUGACAUUUUGACUAUGCUGAAAGGAGAGUUCUGGCCACAUGUGUUUAAAGGAGUGCUCAGAGCUGGUUGUUUGCAGUAACAUAUACAUUUCCACUGAGGCUUGCCAAGUGUAACUGCCUCAUAAGUAGGCAUGCAGUGGCCAAGGGGGCAGUUACUCACUACUGGCACUGCUGUGUCAACAAUGGCCACCGUGCCCGGUCACAACACAAGACUGACGCUUGAAAAAAUAAAAAGAAUUUGAUACGGAAGGAUCAAAGCAGACAGGAGAGACCUGUUACUACAGGCGGUUUCAGCCCCCGGCUCGCUCUGAAGGAAAACUCAGUGGACUGUUGUAACUAUGCCCUCGACAGCCAAGGCUUUGGUUUUGCUGGGAAAUGGCAGAUGAUUAUAGAUCAACAUGCUGGUGAUGAAAUUACAAUACAGUGCAAACUUCCAAGAGUUGACAGUUAAUGUGCUGUGAAACAAAGCCAAGCACAGUAUGCAACACCCUUAUUUGCUGAUCCUGGAGUUUGACAUGGAGGAUUAUGUUCCUCUAAAAACAGAGGAACAUGUUUGUUCUGUAUGUGCUAAUGAGAAAUAUGUCAUGCCUCAUAUUGCCCAUUCAAUAACAGUAACAUAGUGUUUCUUUCAACAGGACAUGCUGUCUACAGUUAAAUGAAUGUAUUGUGAGUCAAUGGAAGGGCUUAUGGUUCCACUUGUACUUCUUGCUUUUUUGUAUUUUGACAAAUUGAGAAGCUGUUUACAUGUGUCACCACAAGAGGACAACAUGUUUUGUACUCUGUCUUUUAUAAAGAUGUGGCAUCUUAAGGUCUAGUCUAAUGACCCAGAGUGCAAGCUUGAAAAUCUGAAAACAAAGGCAUUACAACAGAAAAUGCAGCAAGGAACUUUGCACAUAUUUAUAUUUAUAAAAUAUUUCAAUAAUUUAUAUUAAAGAGUAAUAUUUUUACAAAAUAGA